AGGCAAAACAAAACAGACUUUUUCUCUUCUUCUUCUUUUUGGGGCUACGACAAUCUGAAUUUGAUCCCAAAUCAAAACUUUCUUCUUCUUCGUCUUCCUCUAAUCAAAACUGUCUCCUACCAAAGGUCUUUCCUUUCUCCAGCCAGAUAUGUGAGGAAACCAAGCUUCUCGUACAACUUCAUCACCUACUUCCUUUUGACGUUUUCAAAUCUUGAGAGAGAUGGGUAUAUAUCUAAGUACUCCAAAAACAGACAAGUUCUCAGAAGAUGGCGAAAAUCAUAAACUCAGAUAUGGUUUAUCCUCUAUGCAAGGUUGGCGUGCGUCCAUGGAAGAUGCUCAUGCUGCAAUACUUGAUCUCGAUGAUAACACUUCCUUCUUGGGUGUCUAUGAUGGUCAUGGAGGUAAAGUUGUUUCUAAGUUCUGUGCCAAGUAUCUACACCAGCAGGUUCUUAGUGAUGAGGCGUAUGCAGCUGGAGACGUAGGGACUUCUCUUCAAAAAGCAUUUUUCAGAAUGGAUGAGAUGAUGCAAGGACAAAGAGGGUGGCGAGAGUUAGCAGUACUUGGUGACAAAAUCAAUAAGUUCAGUGGGAUGAUUGAAGGGCUUAUAUGGUCACCAAGAAGUGGGGACAGUGCUAAUAAACCUGAUGCUUGGGCGUUUGAGGAAGGUCCUCAUUCUGAUUUUGCUGGACCUAAUUCUGGGAGCACGGCAUGCGUAGCUGUUGUUAGAGACAAGCAGCUAUUUGUUGCAAAUGCAGGUGACUCACGUUGUGUGAUAUCCAGAAAGAAUCAGGCUUAUAAUCUUUCUAGAGAUCACAAACCAGAUCUUGAAGCUGAGAAAGAAAGGAUAUUGAAAGCUGGUGGCUUUAUACAUGCAGGGCGAGUCAAUGGAAGCUUAAAUCUAUCACGAGCUAUCGGUGACAUGGAAUUCAAGCAGAAUAAGUUUUUGCCAUCUGAAAAGCAAAUAGUUACCGCUAGUCCAGAUGUUAACACUGUUGAACUCUGUGAUGAUGAUGAUUUCCUUGUUCUUGCCUGCGAUGGAAUUUGGUAAACUUCAGCUUGAAAAAGUUUUGAAGUUCAUUUCUUGGUAGUUAUAUUGAUACACCUGUCUUGGUUCAUCUCUUAUCUGCAGGGAUUGCAUGACAAGCCAACAACUCGUUGAUUUCAUACAUGAACAAUUGAAUUCAGAGACCAAACUCUCGGUGGUAUGUGAAAAAGUUCUCGAUAGAUGUCUGGCUCCAAACACUUCAGGUGGUGAAGGCUGUGAUAACAUGACCAUGAUAUUGGUUCGAUUCAAGAACCCUACUCCAUCAGAGACCGAACUAAAACCAGAAGCAAGCCAGGCAGAAGGAAACCACGAUGAGCCGAGCUCAUCAAACUAGGCCCAUCCUCAGAGUCACGGAAGAUCCCUCUAGAUCUAGUAUUUUGGUUCAGAUUGUAAAUCAUUUUGAAAGACAGUUAUAUAUCUCAACCUGACGUUGAUUUCAGUAUAUCACCAUUUCCUCCGUGUGCAGACUUUUGUCUCAUGAGCUCCCAUAAUGUAGAAAGGAAUAAUUGGUGUAAAAAUGUUGUUGGCCUUAAAAGAACAUAUCAUCAUGUAAAUAAACAAAACAAUAAGACAUUUACA